AUGUCUAACAAUGAAUUUCAAGGCAGUAUUCCUUCUUCUUUUGGGAAUUUGGUUUUCUUACGGCGUCUAGACUUGUCUGGGAAUAAUUUCUCAGGAACAGUACCGAUACAUUUCAUAAUGGGCUGCUACCAGUUAGAACUUCUCACAUUAUCAAACAAUAGCUUCAGUGGACCAAUAUUUCCUACCAAUUUUAAUUUGACUAAGCUACAAUUUUUACAUUUGGACAACAAUCACUUCUCAGGCAUGCUUCCAACAUGGAUGGGGAACAUGUCAUCUUUAAUGCAAAUUGUUAUAGCCAAAAAUCAUUUUGAAGGUCCUAUUCCAAUCGAAUUAUGCAAACUCCUUUCUCUUACAUUUCUUGACCUUUCUGACAACAAUUUGUCUGGCUCUAUUCCAUCUUGCUUCAAUUCCUCAAGUAUCAAAUUUUUUCAAUUAAAUAAAAAUUUCUUGAGCGGUCCAAUUCCAACUACUUUCCCAAAUAACUCCAAUCUACUUGUACUGAAUCUUCGAGAUAACCAUCUAACUGGCAACAUUCCCAAUUGGAUUGGAAGCCUCUCCGCAUUGAGAAUUCUCCUCUUGAAAUCAAAUUAUUUAGGAGGUCAGAUUCCAAUUCAAUUAUGCCUCUUGCAGAACUUAAACAUUUUGGAUCUUUCAUACAAUAAAUUUUCAGGUUCGAUACCUCUUUGCUUGAGUAACAUUACUUUCGAUGCAUCUGCCCGAAGAACUUUUUCAAGAGAUUCAUAUGGAGAGUUAUUUCUGUCCAAUAGUUUGUCAUUAUCAAGAAAUAUUGAAGAUCUAAAUAAUUUUAUGCAUAUGUCCAAUGGAGAUGUGAAUGCUUUUGAAGAAGUAGAGUUUGCAACAAAAAGUAGAACUUACUCCUACAAGGGUGACAUCCUCGAGUACAUGUUUGGAGUUGACCUCUCGUGCAACAACCUAUCAGGUGAAAUCCCACCAAAACUCGGUAGGAUGAGCAGCAACAUUCGUGCAUUGAAUUUGUCACACAACAAUCUAUCCGGACCAAUCCCUGUGACAUUCUCAAAUUUAAAGGAAAUAGAAAGUCUGGAUCUUUCCUUCAACAAUUUGAAUGGCAAAAUUCCACCCCAGUUAACUGAAAUGACCUCUUUAGCGGUGUUUAGUGUGGCACACAACAACUUAUCAGGUACAACACCUGAUAGAAAAAACCAAUUCAUUACUUUUGAUGAAAGCAGUUAUGAGGGGAACCCUCUCCUAUGUGGACCUCCAUUACGUAAUGGUUGCACCAAAUUGAGACCACCAUCGACAAUGCCAGUGGAUAAUGAGGGGGAAGUAGGUGGUAGUUUCAUGGACAAGGAUGUCUUCUACAUAAGCUUCAUGGUGGCUUACAUAACAGUCAUGUUGGGAAUUGUUGCAGUUCUCUACAUAAAUCCAUACUGGCGUAGGGUGUGGUUUAACCUCAUUGAAGUAUGUAUUGACACUUGCUACUGUUUUGUUGUGGUUCAUUACCGUAAGUUAUUCAGUUUAAGGAGUGGAUAGCCUUGCAUUGCUACUGUUUUGUCAUGGUUCAUAACUGUGAGUUGCUCAAUUUUCGGCUUGCAAAGCCUUGCAUUUUAUUGAUUACCUACAUGUGUGU